AUGCUGCCCCUCGGCCUCUUGAACGCCGCCCAGGGUCACCCCAUGCUGGUCGAACUGAAAAACGGCGAAACCCUCAACGGCCACUUGGUCAACUGCGACACGUGGAUGAACCUGACACUGAAGGAGGUUGUCCAGACCAGCCCGGACGGAGAUAAGUUCAUGAGACUCCCCGAAGUCUACGUCAAGGGAAACAACAUUAAAUACCUACGAGUCCCCGAAGAAAUCAUCGAGCAAGUCGCCGAAUCACAAAAGGGCCAGCAAGGCAACUUCAGAGGCGGUCGUGGUGGCUCAAGAGGUGACCACAGCGGCCGUGGCGACAGAGGACGAGGCCGUGGACGCGGUGGACGUGGACGUGGCAGAGGCCAAUAA